GCUAGCUUGACGUGGCUGAAAAGAGGGGGAGGUAAAUCAUUAUUUAGGGGGAAGAAAGAAAGAAACAAAGUUGUCGACCGUGCAGAGCACACGGGGAGGGAUUUUAAUUAUCCGGUGGGACUCUUUGUAGCUCAGCGCUGCUCUGCUUGGAUGUAAAUGUAACGGUGCGGCCGUUUCCUUCACUUCCUUUUUGUGUUUCCAAACUUUUCCGCUACUAUUCCGCCGGUCAGGACUCCUGCUUUGUAGACGGGAAUGAUAAAGGCAGUCGAGCUCGAGCGGAUGGACGGACCGACGAAGGAGUCUGGCCAGCGCGGCGUUGGUGGUUUCCCUGGGCUUUCUUAAAAGCGGUAACCCUAUUUAUUUAAGUUCAUUUCGUCCCGAGAUGAAUGGAAGGAGUCGGCUGAGUCAAGUCUGUGAGCUCAGGCGGAUUUAUUGUGCCGUCUCACACUGGACCCUCAUGAAGCGCUGAUAGUCUGCAUCCUGCUUCACCUCCCCGCUUUGUGGUUUCAAAAGAAAACCCAAACGGUGAGACACCCCCACUCCACCCUGGAUGUCAAGCAACUUUAAAAAAAAAUAGUAAUUUAGACUAAUAAAAGAAGAAAAAGAAGAAGAAACAGACGAGGAGCCACCUGAGGGUCCAUGAAGGAAUCCCCUUUUUGAGCACAAAGGAAGCUGCAGGAAAGACCAGACUUUUCCCCUGGUUAUAACCAAAGGGUUCACCAUGGAAAAGCCAAUAACAAAGCUAUUAGGGAAGUUAAAGCUGACCGAUUCAGGCAGUGUCAAAUUCAACAGUUCGAAAAAGAAGCACGACGCUGCCAACAAUUCCAAUAACAGCAACGCAAACGUUGCUAACUCCGGAGGACGUGGAGGCGGCAACGCUCCCAGUUCCACUGCCUCGCCCUCAAGAUCCGGCCAGUUCCCACUUGCCCCCGCGACCACAAAUGAUCCGAGCGUUCCGGCAAGUGGAGGAGGUGGGGGAGGCGGAGGAGGGAUGGCGAUGGGUCCCUCGCAGCAUCUGACCACUCCACCCCCUUCCUCCACUGUACCUCCGGAUGGUGAGCAGCUACUUCACCCAACCACCCUUGCACCUCUGAGGCGCCCCGCCUCCCAUCAGCGAGCUUCCUGUUACAUGGAGGGCAUGGACCACCAAAUCCGGCCUGAUGCUGACCCUCAAGGCCUGUUUGGGUCCAAGGCCUCCGUCAAUCAGCGGCGUUACUCCCUGGAGCUCCAGCAACUGGUGAAGCGACAGCAGCUCCUCUCCCAGCCACCUCCUCACUCAGUCCCCGCUUUGUACCAGAACCCCUCGGGGUAUGGGUCAGCCCCCAGAGGUGGGCUAGCUGAGCCCAGCUACCUCUCUGAUCAUGAGAGGCACAAGCGCUUCUCGCUUCAGGAGGCCUUGUUUUACAAACGCAUGAGCACAGGCAGUGAAUUGUGGGAAAGCAACAGGCCUGCAUCCCUCUCUCAUCCUCCACAGCGAGUACCAGAUAUAAUGGGAGGGGUUGUAGGAGGAAGCACGUUUUACCCCCCGGGACAAACCCUGAGUCCAUGUUCAUCAUUCAGCCUCCAGGAGUCGGUUCUGGUCAGUCCCAGGUCCAGCUUCGCCUCCAGCACAGCCAGUGGAGGCGGAGGAGGCAGCCCUAUGGGCAGCCGCUGCAGCAGCAACAGAACCAGUGGCAUAAGCUUAGGUUACGACUCCCGCUACUCCGCAUCCGGAGGCCUCCCUCUAAUGCAGCCCUCCAUGCUCCCAGGAGGCUCCUCGGCUGGUUACGGAGCCCCCGGCCGGGCUGGAGGAACCCCCGUGGAGGCCUGGACUCAGUGCUCGGUCGCUUACGACAGUCGUCACUCCUACCCGCCUGCGGUGGGGAGUCCGGCGGCAGCGUGCUACCAGGGCGGUUGCGAGUGGUGGGACGAUCAGCAGGCUGGCAUAAGGGCCAAAGAGGCAGGGGUGAUGAGAGAGAGGGCCCGCUAUUCUGACCUGCCAGGCACCAGGUACCAGGAGGAGCUGACUCGGCUUUUGCUGAGAGACGCCGCGUCGGAAGGUGGCGGAAUACCAGACGUCCUGAUGCUGAAAGAUCAACACCGGACCGCUGUUCCAGCGACAGCAACCCCUCCAUGUGGCAGUCAGAUCAAACCUCAGGAGGAGCCAGGAGCUGGGGGAGGGAACGCCGAAAACCGACUGGAGUUCUUUGGAACCUGUGUUAAAUGUGGGAAAGGUGUGUAUGGGGCGGAUAACGCCUGCCAGGCUCAGGAGAACCUCUAUCACACCCGCUGCUUCACCUGCGUGUCCUGUGGACGCACCCUGAGAAACAAGGACUUCUACAACGUCAACGGCUCUGUGUACUGUAAAGAGGAUUACAUGUUUUCAGGGUUCCAGGCAGCUGCAGAGAAGUGUACUGUGUGUGGCCACCUCAUUCUGGAGCAGAUCCUGCAGGCUCUGGGGAACUCGUACCAUCCCGGCUGCUUCCGCUGUGUGGUGUGCUCCAAGGCUCUGGACGGGGUGCCUUUCACAGUGGACCAGCACAGCAACAUAUAUUGUGUUGCGGACUACAACAAGACUUUUGCUCCAAAGUGUGCUGCCUGUUUACAACCCAUCUUACCUACUGAGGGCAGUGAGGAGAUCCUCAGGGUCGUCUCCAUGAACAAGGACUACCACUUUGAGUGCUACCACUGCGAGGAGUGUGGUAAGCAGCUCUCCGAUAAGCCCGGCGCGCAGUGCUUCCCUCUGGACUCUCAUCUCCUCUGCCACUCCUGUCACAUGAGCAGAGUGUGCACCACGCACAACAUUCCUUCACACAACACACACUGAUCAAACUGUUCCGCUUUCCAAGAAGCUGCUCCUAAUAUAUUAAAGUCUUUGUCGAUUUUUUGUUGUAUUUUUCCCAAAUCAAACUGCUGUCAUUUUUGGAUCAGUCCCUUGUUGUCAGUAAUGCUGCCUGCUGUACUUGUACAAUAGUUAAAAAAAAGGGAAAACUACUGCUUCUUUUUUAACCCCAAUAAGGCUACUGCUUGCUGUAAAAGAUAUUUUGUUCUGUGUAAAUAUUAAUAUUUUUAGCAAACAUUUUGCACUUAAAUUGGACUUUAUUGUAAGAUUUCUUAACAGGCUUCAAGAUGGGGUAAACAAUGCUGUCAUUUCAGUGUCUUUUAAUAAAUAUUAUUUGUGCU